AUUCAGGAUAUUCUGAUCGGACACUAUUCAAGUGUGCGUCUGCCCCGGAAAUUGAUAAAGACGUCCCUUCCUGCUGAUAGGUUUUUAUCCUAGCGUUCCUGGCCAACCCGCGGCUGCCCCGUUCACACUGAGGAGCCCUCGCUUCCCUUACCCCUCCCAAACUCUUAGGAGGGCUCGAGAGGACCGUAAAGGCGGCUGGGUUUGGACCCUGAGCUGAAGGACGAGGGGGAGGACCUCGUGGAGCCGGGGUCCCGGGCACGUCCAACCUUGAGAAAAAACCAGGAGCCUGGCGCUAGCGCAAGUCUGCGCCUGCGCGAAAAGCCCCGCUCCCGGGAGCCUUCGCGGCCAAGUCGCCUCCAGUCCAAGAGGCCCCAAUCAUUGGACUCGGUGGACCUGAAAGGCAUGUGUAACAAAGCGUGAUGAGCCACCUUCUCCGGACCCUGCCCUUCCCCAAGGGGAAGACACAGAAGAGGAACGAAUGGCAGCUGGUCUCCUCAGAGCCAGGCCCCAAGGACCCACACCUCUCAGCAGUGUGACUGUAGCUUUUACCCAGGAGGGAUGGAGGCAGUUGGCCCCUGCUCCGAGGGACAGGUUCAAGGAAGGGAUGCCAGAAAAGUCCAGAAACCUGGUCCUACUGGGACUUCCAGUCUCCCAGCCUGGUAUAAACUCCCAGUUGGAACAAAGGGAAGGUUCAUGGAUGCUGGAGAGAGAAGGCCUAAAGAGUACCUGUCCAGAUUGGAAGGUUGUAUCUGAAUCACCACCUGAACAAGACAUUUCUGAAGAAUCAUUCCAAGACCCAAGUGUACAGAUGCCCUCUGGGGAGUCAGAUCACAGGAACAGUGAACUAGGGAAGAGCUUCAACCUGAGACCCGUUCUUUCUCCACAACAGAGAGUUCCUACAGAAGUGAGACCCCGUAAAUGUGAAACACACAGAGAAAGCUUCAGGAAGAAUUUAGAUAUAAUUAAACCUCACAGAGCAAAGCCAUACACGUGUAAUGAAUGUGGCAAAGCCUUCAGUUACUGUUCUUCCCUUUCUCAGCAUCAGAAGAGUCACACUGGGGAGAAGCCAUAUGAGUGCAAUGAAUGUGGGAAGGCCUUCAGCCAGAGCUCAUCUCUUAUUCAGCAUCAGAGGAUUCACACUGGAGAGAAACCAUAUAAAUGCAGUGAAUGUGGAAGAGCCUUCAGCCAGAAUGCAAACCUCACAAAACACCAGCGAACUCAUACCGGGGAAAAGCCCUACAAAUGCAGUGAGUGUGAGAAAGCCUUCAGUGACUGUUCAGCCCUUGUUCAGCAUCAGAGAAUUCACACUGGAGAGAAGCCUUAUGAGUGCAGUGACUGUGGGAAGGCCUUCCGCCACAGUGCAAAUCUUACAAACCACCAGAGGACUCACACAGGGGAGAAGCCCUACAAGUGCAGCGAGUGCGGGAAGGCCUUCAGCUACUGCGCGGCAUUUAUUCAGCACCAGAGAAUCCAUACAGGGGAGAAACCCUACAAAUGUAACGCAUGCGGGAAGGCCUUCAGUCAGAGUGCAAAUCUCACAAACCACCAGAGGACUCACACUGGAGAGAAACCCUACAAGUGUAGUGAGUGUGGGAAGGCCUUCAGCCAAAGUACAAAUCUUAUAAUCCACCAAAAGACCCACACUGGGGAGAAGCCUUACAAGUGUAAUGAAUGUGGGAAAUUCUUCAGUGAGAGCUCAGCCCUUAUUCGACAUCAUAUAAUUCACACAGGAGAAAAACCCUAUGAGUGCAAUGAGUGUGGAAAGGCAUUUAACCAGAGCUCAUCCCUUAGUCAGCAUCAGAGAAUUCACACUGGUGUGAAACCCUAUGAAUGUAGUGAGUGCGGGAAGGCCUUCAGGUGUAGUUCAGCUUUCAUUAGACAUCAGAGACUCCAUGCUGGAGAAUAACUGGAAACGUAACCAAUGUGGAUGGGGAUGUGACAGGUAAUGUCAAGGCAUCUGGGACAUCUAAAUCUUGGUUCAGAGCCACAUGCAGAAGCACCUUUAUUAAUAAAGUCACUAUUUUACAUGUUGCAGGUG